GGGGGCACCAAGGCUUUGGAGUUAACUGAAGCCGCGGGUACUAUUGGGCAAAGUUUCCCGGGGAUCGAUGCGUCCAGACUUCGUCCACUUUUCUCAUGUCUGCUCUAAGGCUUGCAGUUUGCAACUCUUUUAUUUGGCGCAGUGGAAAUAUUGAGCGUUCUCACUCAAAUUGAGCGGAUUAACCCUUGGGUCUUUGUCCUUAACCCCCUCACCAGUUGCCGUCCCCGGCCUUUAGGCUGUCACUUUUCUCUUUAAUACUCUUGAGCUGGAAAGCACAUGUCACAGUGCCUAGGGAGUUUGGAAGGUUGAGGGAGCGUUGAGCUUUUUGAAAUCCCUUACGAAGGUGAUUUUGAACAAAGCAACAUGCUUCUGAUUCAGAUGCUCCACUGAGCUAUAAAAAUACAUUAAUCAGAACUGUGUGGCAUCUUUCUAAGCAAGACUUUCAAUGGGGCCCACUAUGGUUUACUUCAUCCAGAAGUUUUCUCGAGCAUCUUCAAAGAUGCUGAAGUACCCUUCCACAAUCAGACUAGGAGCCAAAAGGAGAAUAGAAACAUUUUCUCUCAAAACAUGCCUCCAGCAGAACUUUUCCCCCUUGUUUCCAAGGCCUUGGCUUGUCUCAUCAUUUCCAGUGUGUAUGAGCAAGACACAAUAUUAUCACACUUCCCCAUGCAGCUUUAAGAAGAAGCAAGAGCAAGCAGUACUUCCAGCCAGGCCACCACAAACCAUCAGUUACCUGCCUGACAGCCCAAAGCCAGCAUUAUACAUAACUCUGGCAGGACUAAUCCCCUUCAUUGCUCCACCACUGGUCAUGGUGAUGACAAAGACUUAUAUUCCCAUAUUAGCUUUUACUCAGAUGGCUUAUGGAGCCAGUUUCCUAUCUUUCUUGGGAGGGAUCAGAUGGGGUUUUACUCUGCCACAAGGUAGUCCAGCCAAACCAGACUUCCUCAAUUUAGCUAAUAGUGCAGCUCCUGUUGUGUUUUCAUGGCUUGCAUUCUUUGUUUCUGAAAGACUCAGUGAAGCUAUAGUCACAGUAAUAAUAGGUUUGGGGAUAGCAUUACACACUGAACUUUUUCUCUUGCCACAUUAUCCCAAUUGGUUCAAAGCCCUGAGGAUAGUAGUCACUUUAGUGGCCUUUGUUUCAUUUGUAAUCACUUUACUAGUUAAAGAUUUUUAUCCAGAGAAGGGACCCAAGAGACUUAGGCAAGUAGAAUAAAUAUAAAACUACUCUGUAGAUGACGUUAGCACGUUGGCUAGAAGCCUUGUAAGGUUGUGUUUUGGCAUCACCUUUUUCUGCCUCUCCAGUUUAGCUCUUUUUUUCCCACCAAUGGUGAUUUAUUCUUCCCAAAUUAUUUUUCAUUUCUAGAAAUCUUUAUUUUAUAAGGAAUCACUGAGAAACAGCUUGAAAACCCUUAACAAGUCCUUUUCAUGUUAUAUUAGGUUAUAGUUCUCAUUCAGUCUUUUUAUGAACUUUAUAGUCAUCCACUUAAAAUUUUCAAUGUUUGAAU